AGCUCAUAACUCAAGGGCAGGUUAAUUCGUUUUUUUUUAUUAUGGAAUUUUGAUCGUUCACUUAAACUGACACUAUGAAAGAGUGUUGAUUAUUUUCCAUUUGUUCACUUUAAAAAACCUUGGUAUUUCGACAAUGACCUUUGAAGUUCACAAUAUUUCAAAUGAUACUUUUUCAGAAACUUAUCCUCGAGAAAAAGCACGGUAAAAUGUCAAACAGUGCGUUUAACUCUAUAUUUUCUUAUAACUGUUACCUUAAUAAUAACAUUGUUGAUUGCAUUCUAUAAAGGAAAUCUCAACAAGUCGAAAGACCUUUUCCACAGUGAAGCCCUACAAAUUUCUGAGAGUUCUGCACAACAUAUGUGUUCAACCCCUAACUGCCUGAAAGCAGCUUCGAGGAUUUUGAACAGCAUAGACUCGAGUGUUGAUCCAUGCGAUAACUUUUAUCAAUUCUCAUGCGGUAAUUUUCUCAAGCAGGAUACAAUGCUAGGAGCCAAAGAAUCGGUUUCGUCUUCUUCAAUUGCAUUUCAUAUGCUCAAGGAGCGGUUAAGACGGAUUAUGGAAGAACCAAUCCCUCCAAAUGAACCUAAAUCGUUUCUACUGCUUAAACAAAUGUAUAAAUCGUGCAUAAAUACAACAGCAAUAGAACGCGAUGGGUUGACGACCAUCAAAUCGAUUUUACGCGAUGUUGGAGGUUGGCCUGUGUUGGAAGGUCAAAAUUGGAACUCGGAGGAUUUUAAUUGGACUCGAUCAAUUUAUAAGCUUAAAAAAUACGGGUACACCUCCAACUAUUUUAUUAGUGUCAGUGUUAAACCCACCCCUACGGAUAACCCCCAUUAUGUUCUUUACGUUUCGCAACCAGAUUUGCCGCUCAUGGAAAAACUAUUUAAUACGAACAUUUCAAUGCCUCUUCAUUCUCGCCUUGAAUACAUGGUGGAUGUCGCCGUUAUCUUUGGGGCCAACAGGGAGGUGGCCAAACAAGAACUUAGUGAAUCAUUAGAAUUUGAAUACAACUUAACGAUGGUUGAAAACACGGAUCACGACUGGAUGCUAAUGGUAUCCCAACUCCAGACGCAGGUCUCCAGUAUCACUUGGUUAGAGUACUUCAACUCGAUAUUUAACCAUACCGGCGUUACGAUUAAGAACUUUGACUUCGUCAUAGUUACAAACAGCUACAUUUGGAACUUCGAGAAAUUACUCUUGAACACGCCUAAAAGGAUACUAGCGAAUUACCUGAUGUGGAGAGUAGUGGCUGCAUCAAUACCAUACCUAACGGACGAGUUGCGGCAACUUGAACUGGAAUAUAACAAAAUUUAUAGCGAGACGCGAUGGAAAAAGUGCGUCAUUAAAGCUUCUGAAAGUUUUCAAAGUGUCACUGCGGCUUUGUACUCUCGGAGAUAUUUUCGCGGAAUUGCCAAACAAAACGUGAAAGACUUGGUUUCAAAUGUUGGAAAGGAAUUUAUUGCCCUACUGAAAAGGGCCAAUUGGACCGUUAACAAUACCAUAGAGCACGCGUUGGAAGAAGCCGCUGCUGUGACAUCCCACUUUGGAUACCCAGAAAACUUUCUUUCGGAUGAGAAAUUAGACGAGCUUUACAAAGGACUUAACUUCACUUCCGAUAAUUACCUAAAAAUGAUUUUGCGCCUUAAUCUGCACACAUUCGAGCGUUCCGCCAAACGCUUAAGGCAAGCAGUAGGCAAACGGAGAUGGAUUACUCCCUCUCUUAGUAGCGAAAAAGAGUUACCUGUCGGAAUAUUGCAAGGUGCAUUUCUCAGCGGCGAUGGACCACAAAGUAUCAACUAUGGUGCAAUUAGUUAUUUAAUUGGUCACGAUAUUACUCGAGGAUAUGACAGUGAAGAUCGAGAAUUGGACAGAGGUCUUUACAUCGUGGAUUGGUGGGCACCGACAGCAGAGGAGUUGGUCACCCAGAGAGUCCAAUGUAUAAUUGAUCAAUAUGCUAAUUCUUCCAUGCCCAAAUUCAUGGACGCGAUACUACUUCAAGCUUAUGACGUAGUAGAUCACGUGGCUUAUAUGGCGUAUCAAAAGUGGGUUAGAAAAAAUGGCAUAGACCAAGGACUUCUAGGUUUAAAUUAUACUGGCAAUCAGCUAUUUUGGAUUUCUGCCGCUAACGUUUGGUGCACAAGGACGGGGUGUGCAGAUGACACGGAUUCGUAUUCAUUGCCAAAGCUUAUGGUUAAUCUGCCACUCAGCGGUUCUGAUGGUUUUGCCAAGGACUUCAGUUGUGCUAAGGGAAGCAAAAUGAACCCUGCUGAUAAAUGUAACGUCUGGAAGUGAAUGUUUUUGCAGCCAUAUACGUAUAAUUAGAAUUUGAGCGGUUUUUGCUUUAGACGUUUAGUCAAAAAUUAUACAUAUAUACAUCACGCAAUG